AUGUGUGGAAUUUCAGCCUUGAUUUUAGCUGACCAGAGUGCAUCUGCCUGUCCAGACCUUUUUGAAAGUUUAGGACUUUUACAACACCGAGGACAGGAUGCUGCAGGUAUUGUUACUUCGGGUCCAAAAGGCCGCUUGUAUCAAUGCAAGGGUAAUGGCAUGGUGAGAGACGUAUUUGAGGAAUCCCAACUUGCUCGACUCAUAGGUAGUCUUGGUAUUGGCCAUGUCCGAUACCCCACUGCUGGAUCUUCAUCUACUUCUGAAGCACAGCCAUUUUAUGUCAAUUCACCUUAUGGCAUCACAUUUGCGCAUAACGGAAAUUUAACAAAUGCUGAUGAACUUCGCAUGUAUUUAGAUAAAGUUGCUCAUCGUCACAUCAAUACUGAUUCUGACUCUGAAUUACUUUUAAACAUCUUGGCGGAUAACCUACAAAAGACGGGAAAAGCCAGAGUGAAUGAAGAAGAUAUCUUUGCAGCCAUCAAACAAUUACACCAACAAUGUCGAGGUGGUUAUGCCUGUGUAGCCAUGAUUGCUGGCUAUGGUAUUAUUGGCAUCAGAGAUCCCCAUGGUAUUCGUCCUUUGAUUAUGGGUAGCAGAAAAAACCCUGCAGGAUAUGAUUAUAUGUUUGCUUCUGAAAGUGUUGUCUUGGAAGCACUUGGUUUUACUAAUUUCGAAGAUGUGAAGCCUGGUGAAGCUAUCAUUAUCACUCAAGGCGGCCAUAUUUCUCGUUGUCAAUUGAUUGAAGGUCAAAAGAUCUCGCCUUGUAUCUUUGAAUAUGUCUAUUUUGCUCGUCAAGAUAGUAUCAUGGAUGGUAUUUCUGUCUACAAAGCACGCUUGAGUAUGGGUGAGGCACUUGCUGAUCAAGUUACCCGCUCUUUUGGCAAAGAUAUGGAUAUUGAUGUAGUCAUUCCUGUACCUGAUACAAGUCGGGUUGCAGCACUGCAGCUCUCUAAAAAAUUAAAUAUUGCUUAUCGUGAAGGUUUCAAUAAGAAUAGAUACGUUGGACGUACCUUUAUCAUGCCUGGUCAACAAACAAGACGCAAAAAUGUUCGUCGUAAACUGAAUGCAAUGGCUUUAGAAUUCCAAGACAAAAACGUCUUACUUGUAGAUGACUCCAUUGUAAGAGGAACAACAUCAAAAGAAAUCAUUCAAAUGGCUCGUGAAGCUGGAGCCAAAAAAGUAUACUUUGCUUCUUGUGCACCACCUAUUCGUUUCCCUAACGUCUAUGGUAUCGAUAUGCCUACACGUCACGAACUUGUUGCUCACGAAAGAAGCGAACAAGAAGUAGCAGAAGUGAUUGGUGCUGAUAAAGUAAUUUAUCAAGACUUGGAUGAUUUGGUUCAGUCUGUGCGUCGUUUUAAUCCUUCCAUCGAAACAUUUGACACUUCUGUAUUUGAUAAGUGCUACAUUACUGGUGAUAUUGAUGAGAAAUAUAUGGCACACCUAGAAGGAAUUCGUAAUGAUGAUAAUCAGUCCCGUUUAAGUAUGGACAGUGAUUGCGUUGGUCUUUACAACAGCUUUCAAGGUAAAUAA